AUGGCAGCGUUCCGAGCAUCCAGGUCUGCUCUGCUGAUAUCAAGCCUCGUACUCCUCACUCGAUUGCAUGAAAUCCUCCCUGAUUCAUCUAGCAACCCUGUUAUCUCUUACACCUCCAACGACCGGAGAGGAGAAACCGAAAGCUCUUCGGUUUCAGUGUCCAAGUCCGACGUGGCAAGAUCCUCCAGAUCGGCCAAGUCGUCGAGAUCUGUAUACUCCAGGUCCAAUGACGAGGCGAAAGGGGUUGAAAGGCAUAGUGAAAAGGAGGACGAGUCGUUUGCGAUAGAAUCGAGUAAGAGGAGCUCUGACCCUUCCUCCUCGGAGACCGGGCAAGAUUCAGAUGACGACUCUGCCACCGAAUCCUCCUCAAGUUCCUGGGAGAACACGGAGGAUGAACAAAACUUCAUGAUGGCGAUGAAGCGAGGAUACGAGUGGCAAGUAGAGCUGGAGGAUGAGCUUGAACAAGAAGCCCUCGGACCGGUCGAGAACAUCACCAUGAUCGGGCUCGAAGUCGACUGCUCCCGCGUCACGAAUGAGGAGUUGGAGGAGGGUUUGUACAUCUCGGAGGAUCGCUGGAAGAGAUUUCUGCAGCACGCAAGGCUGUUCAACAGAUACCUGAGGAUGAACCCAACUGAAGGUCGGCAGGACCUGGACAACUCAUACCGCACGUUUCUCAGGCAGAACGAAGAGGCUUUCACCUCCCGCAGGCACAAGAAGGCCAGCCGGAGGAAGAAAGUGCAUCGGAAACGACCGGAGUACAAGGAGUACGAGUCCGACAGCUGGCUAGUCAGUUCUGUGGACGAGGAGGAGGACAUCGAAAGACCGUGGAUGAAUUUCAAGGGGGCGCAAGGGGGAGUGAAGCAAGGGCAGCAGAAGAAGAUGUCGAAGAGGACGAAGAAGUUGCUGAGAGCAAGCGAGAGGAAAGCCUCGAUGACACCGAUACCUUCGUCGAACAUGAUAAAGAAUGCAGACAAGUACAGCAAGAAGUACUUAAUGAAACAUCUACGGAAGGAUUUCUCACAAACGCCAACUCCGAAGAAGAAACUUUUCAAAGAUCUUGGAUCAGCGAGACCUGGUACAAAGAGGCACAAUCCGAUCGCAUCUGUGCAGAUCAAUCCGCAGGGAGGCCCCAAGAACCUCUCGAUCGAGAACCAGCUUUCUUCCAAUGAGGUCAAGAAGCCGAGGCGGGAGAUGCAAACAAGUCUCGACAGCUUCUCUCUCUAUCGCCACAAGGCACCAGCAGCUCCAGGGACUUUCAUGGUCCCCAACUGCUCGGGAGCGGAAGUAGAAGUUUCACGAUCUUCCAAGCUUGACACUUCUCAGAGCUCUGAGGGCGAACGUGCGGCAGGGCAGGGUGAAAGAUCCGCCCCCGGCGCCGCUCCCCUUCCUGGCUCCUUUGACACCUUCAACAUCACCUGGCCGAAUGUCAACUGUUCCCUCCUGCCUCACAACUCCAGCAGCGCGUCUCACCCGAGCAUCGCGCCGGUUCAGAUCAGAUUGUAUGACUGGGCGAGGAAUAAACUUCUCAAGGGUUUGCCAGUGGUGGCGAAGGAACCGACGUCGUCGCAAAGUUACGACGUUGAGCUCAAGGACGGAGCGAUAGUCUCCAAGGGAGGACAGAUCAUGGUCCGGGGGGUGAGCACGGACUUGAGGAGCUGGGAUCUGUUUUCACCCUCCAAGAAGGAUUGCAACGAAACCGAUGGGAGCGUGUUCGAGGGGGUGACACGAGAAGUCAACGAGAGCGAUCACGAGCUCUAG